AUGAGAUCCCACAUGUGAGUGAGGCCUCCCAAGGCCUGUGGCUGGCUCCUGCAGCUGUGAAAGGGUUAAUAAUCCGGCACGCUACAAGGGAUAUCUAUUAGAGCGUAAUAGAUGGUGGAUGAUAGGAGGCUAUGAAGAGUUUUUGGCCUGGAGGUGAAGAAGAAAAUCUGGAUAUUUUGGGUUUGAAUUGUGGAUGUUUUUAAAGUGGAUUUCACCUUGAGAAUCCCAGCGAUCUGGAGGAACGGAAGAUCCUGUAAAGCAGGGGUGAUGUCACGCGUUGUACCUGGCACUAGAAGCUACAGCCCACAACCAUGAUGAAACAAUUUACAUUUGAUCUGCAUUUUUGAACUUAUCCCUUGUUCCCUACAGGUCAGUCCCGAUGUUUCUGAAAUGCCAAGCGAACAGGAUACUUCUUUAAUAUGCAUAUGAGGACUGGUGAUAAGAGGAAGUUCUCUAUUUCCUAGUUUUCCCUUCUCUUCAUCUAUGCAAAUUCAUUCUCUUCCCAACAAUGGUUGACUACUGUGCUUUGACAAAGAACUGCAAAACCUGUUUGUUCAUUGUGGAUAUGUAUGUGUCUAUCGGAGCAUGACAAGUUACAGAUCUUAUCACAAUGAUGGUGCGGAGGCCUCCGGAGUGUCAAGUAGGGGAAAUGAUGUUGGGAGAGGAAUGGAUUACUACCCACAAGGCCUUUGGUCCCAGAACAGUAAUGGCAUCCAAGUUGCUCAAGCUGGGGAUGGCUCAAGGGCUAAUCCUAUCACCCCAGCAAUGCCAAAGAUGGGUGUACGUGCCAGGAUUGCUGACUGGCCUCCAAAGAAGGAGGCCUUGAAAGAGAUAUUAGCUUCCAGUACAUUGAAGGAAACUGAUGUGUCAAAAGACUUUCAUAUGCAAAGGAGCUAUCAAAAUGGACAGCAUUUUCAGAGCAAUGGGGGUUCCCCUGGUUUUAGGGGCCUCCAUAGGUUGUCCAGGAAAAGGUCAAAAGACGUGGAGUUCCAAGAUGGUUGGCCGAGGUCACCAGUGAGGACUUUUAUACCGCUUCGGAAUCGAAGCAAUAGUGAGAUAACACUCAGUGAGUGUGAUAUGGAAGAAAAUUUGGAACACCGAGGGACAAGGCUUGGCAAUGGUAUACCUCUUUUUAGAGAAUAUGGUAGCACUUCGUCAAUCAAUGUGCAAGGAAUAUCAGAGCAGAGCUUCUUUGACAUUCUGAAAGAUUUCAGAAAUGAAAAGUCUGACCCAGAGAUUGUGUCACCUGACAAAGGAAGUGGCAUUCUUCGAGAGGAUUCCAGCAUGGCUUCAAACCUUCACCUAGUGGGGAGUUCCAGAACAGACCUGCGCAAUGGGCAGUAUUUGAAAGACGACGGUUCUUUGAAGGAUAAGGACAAGACACGAAAAAGAGCCACAAAAGGGGAGUCAAAUGACUCUUCCAUCUUCCGUAAGCUGAGGAGCAGCAAGAGCGAGAAUGAGCCAGGCAGGUCCUUCAUGGAACCGGAAGAGAAUUUCAAGCCUUGGGUCUGUCCAAAGACAUUUGCUCAUUAUGACGUACAAAGCAUGCUCUUCGACUUCAAUGAAGUUGCAGCCAAUCGGACCUAUGUUGCCCAGAGGCGAAACACCACAACGGGAGCCUCUGCUGCUUCUGCUGUUUCUUUGGCCGUUUCAAGAGCAUAUGGAUUAGGCAACAUGGAUCCAAGCUUCACCAGCACUGAAGACCUCAACUUCAAGGAGAACCUGGAGCACGACCUGGGAGACAACAACAGUAAUGACCUCCUGCUCAGUUGUCCCCAUUUCCGGAAUGAGACAGGUGGGAUGUGUGAACGCAAUGUGAGCUUCUCCAAAGCCUCGGCUGGGUCACCCUGUGGAAGUGAGGGUGGAGUCUUGGAACCUUCCCUCACCAUGUACUGUACAAAUGCCAGCAUCUCCGUCUUGGAGGUUCCCAAUGAGAUAGAGAAAACUCAAGGACGAUUAAAACACUACAGCAUUGAGCAUGUGGAUUUAGGAGCUCGGUAUUAUCAAGAUUAUUUUCAUGGUAAAGAGCACUGUAACUACUUUGGUGUGGAUGACAAGCUGGGUCCUGUUGCCGUGAGCAUGAAGAGGGACAAAGUGGAAGAUAGCAAGGACCAUGGCCCCCAGUAUCAAUACCGGAUCAUCUUCAGGACCAGUGAGCUGGUGACACUGAGGGGGAUGAUACAGGAGGACGCGGUGCCAUCCACAUCAAAGCAUGGUACAGUAAGGGGCCUUCCUCUCAAAGAUGUUCUGGAAGCUGUGAUACCCGAGCUAAACAUCCAUUGUCUGCGCCUGGCUAUGAAUUCUCCAAAAGUGACCGAGCAGCUCCUGAAGCUGGAUGAACAGGGGCUUUUCAGGAAACACAAGGUGGGCAUCUUAUACUGCAAGGCUGGCCAGAGCUCAGAGGAGGAGAUGUACAACAACGAGGGUGCAGGGCCAGCCUUCGAAGAAUUUCUGUCUUUGGUGGGAGAGAAGGUCAGCCUGAGGGGUUUCACUAAAUAUGCAGCCCAGCUGGACACCAAAACGGAUUCCACUGGAACACACUCUCUUUACACUACGUAUCAGGAUUACGAGAUUAUGUUUCACGUGUCCACUCUCCUUCCCUACACUCCGAAUAACAGACAACAGCUCCUCCGGAAGAGACACAUAGGAAAUGAUAUUGUGACCAUCAUCUUCCAGGAGCCAGGAGCAUUGCCCUUUACUCCACAGAACAUCCGUUCCCAUUUUCAGCAUGUCUUCAUCAUAAUCAAAGCCCAUGAUCCCUGCACGGAGAAUGUCUGCUACAGUGUGGCAGUGACCAGAUCGAAAGAUGUGCCCCCAUUUGGUCCCCCAAUUCCUAGUGGCGUUACCUUCCGGAAGUCCGAUGUCUUCCGGGACUUUCUGCUGGCCAAAGUCAUCAAUGCAGAGAAUGCAGCCCAUAAAUCAGAUAAAUUUCAUACAAUGGCCACCCGCACAAGGCAGGAGUACCUUAAAGACCUGGCUGAGAAUUAUGUCACCAACACACCUGUCGAUACAACGGGCAAGUUCAACUUAAUCUCUCUGACCUCCAAAAAAAAGGAGAAAACAAAACCGCGGCUUGGUGCUGAGCAUCAAAGCUCUGGUGCUUUAGCCUGGCGGGUGGUGGCGCAGGACUUUUCCCAGGCGGCUGAGACAGAAUGUGCUUUGGGCAUAUCUAACGAGUUUAUGGUCCUGAUUGAGACUGUCACCAAAGAGGUGGUUUUCAAUUGUUACUGUGUCGAUGUGAUUGGAUGGACACCCGAAAAACUGUCUCUCAAGAUCUUCUAUGGUCGUGGAGACCACAUACUAAUACGGGCUCUGGAUGAAAGCGGGGAAGACAUCAGGGAAAUUGUGCAAAGGCUGAAAAUCAUGACCAAAGGAUGCGAGACAGUGGACAUGACCCUGCGCAGAAAUGGCCUUGGCCAGCUGGGCUUCCAUGUUAAGUAUGAUGGCACUGUCGCAGAGGUGGAGGACUAUGGCUUCGCGUGGCAGGCUGGCUUACGGCAAGGAAGUCGACUUGUGGAGAUCUGCAAGGUGGCAGUGGUGACUCUUAGCCACGACCAGAUGAUUGAUCUUCUGCGCACAUCGGUUACAGUCAAGGUGGUGAUUAUACCGCCCCAUGAAGAUGGUGUGCCACGAAGGGGCUGGACUGAAACCUCCAUGGACCAUAAGGACGCAGAUCAUGCCUCAUCCACCUCCAGACCACCAUACCGCAGCAACACCACUUGGCAGUGGAGCGGCUCUGCUACCCAUCACGGUGCCAGUCCUUCACAAAAAUGGGUAAUACCUAACCAUCCACAGUCAUUGAACCGGCCUCCAAAGCAGGCUCCAGCAGUGCCCAUCAGGGAACCACAGUCUCUUCACAAUAACCGGAGGCCAGUGAGCUAUCCAGAGACGCCGUAUAUCGCCACGUCGCCGACGGCAGUGGAUAAAGGACAGCCGUACCGGCAUACUUCGGGAAGUUUUUCUACCCCAAACACCAGUGGAGCCAGCUACAGUCGCUUCAAGCCAGCCAUGGAAAGCAGAUUUGGAACUCCGCAGAGAUCCACACUGCAGCUAGAAAGCUACUACGUGCAGGACGGGAUGUCCAGUGGAGAGAAGUAUCCAGGAGGUGUCACCAACCAGGAAAUGACAACAGAGAGGCAAAAAUCAGAGCCGAUGUGGCACAUCCCAGCUCAGUCCCGGACGGGCAACAGCGUGAACAAGAGGCCCAACCGGCAGGAGCUGGUAGGAAAAAACUCUCCCCACCGAAAUUCCAGGGGGGAGGCGCAUUAUUCCAGCCACUCAAGUAGUAACACAUUAUCCAGCACUGCAUCCAGUAACCACAGUAACCACAGCGAUGAGCGUUGGUUUGACCCUACCGACCAGCCUGAAGUAGAUAUCGAGCCUCUCUCCAAAGGCACAUCCAAUGACAGUGGCAUCGACACUUCCCUCUCCAACUUUGCCAACGCCAAAUCUACCCGCCCUACCCCUCGUCGUGAAAAGCCUCAAAAACCUGUGUCCUGUUCAACCUAUCCGGGCAUGCACGACAGUGGCUCAAGGGAUAAAAGGAAGGAGCCAGUGAUGUCUGCCAAGGGAUACAGGCCAAAAAUGUACACCCAAGGGAAUACAGGAGGCGAAGUGUUCAGCCAGUCCAGGUCUGGCAUGUUUAAAACCCCUGAAAAUUCCAGAAUGCCUCACAUGUCCCAGUCCAGCUCCUUCCAGCUGUCCAGCUCUGUCCCCAAAUCCUUCUUUUCCCGUCAAAACGUGAGAAACAAGAUCCCAGCUGGGUGGAAGAAACCUGAGGAAACUCCACCCAGGCCGACAACCUUCACAGACACCACAAAACAAAUUGAUGUAAACACCAAGAACGUUUUCGGUCAGCCAAGGCUGCGGGCAUCUCUCCGCGACCUCCGUUCACCACGCAAGAACUACAAGUCUACCAUCGAGGACGAUUUGAAGAGACUGAUUAUAAUGGAUAACCUGGGACCCGAGCAAGAGCAGGAUUGCAUGUCUCCUCAGAAGACACUACAAAGAACGCUGUCGGAUGAGAGCCUCUGCAGCGGCCGCAGGGACCCCGGGUUUGCAUGCUCCCCAAGACUUGAGUCACCAUCAGGCAACGAUGUCCUGUUCAACAGCUCCUACCCAUCCAGUACCCUCCCUGUUCGACGCCAGCACCCAUCCAGCAUGCCAGACAAAUGCGCCAACAAAUCCUCCUCCGAGCUGUCUCUAACUGACAUCCGUGACACAAACAGCCGACACAUGGACCCAGGAAUGAUGCCCCUGCCCGACACCGCAGCUGGCCUGGAGUGGUCAAGUCUGGUCAGUGCUGCCAAGGCCUUUGAAGGUAAGACAGUGCAGAGAGCUGCCUCACUCUUCUCUCUAAAUGAAGCUGCUCUGAGUCCUGAGCUUCGACCCGUGCCGAAUGCGGGCACUGCCCACCUGAGCCUGGAAAGACAGCACACCCCCCGCACCACCCCCACAUCAAGUGAAGAGAUAUCUCCGGACCUCACUGGGAAAGUCCUGCAACUGGAAGUUAUGUUAAAGCAGCUUCAUACUGACCUGCAGAAGGAAAAGCUGGACAAGGAAGCCUUGCAACUCGAGGUGGCGAACCUUCGUCAUAAUAAUCAGCGUCUUCAAGCAGAGUCUCAUUCAGCUAGCGAGCAGCUCCGAAAAUUUGCUGAGAUUAUCUCCAGCACGGUGGAGAACAAGGAAAACUGACAUGUCCUCCUUCUUCACGUUGACUUUACUUCUUUACCGUUUCCUAAUGGAAUCCGAACACGUUCUUUUCUCCUUCAUCGUGAUCGUUUCACUAGUGUCCACCCAUUGUGGAAUUUGUUUAAACUACCUGCAAGGCAGGCCUCUGCAUUAAUUUAUUUAUAACAAAUGCAAGACUUUUAAUUUUUUGUUUUGAUUUAUAUGCAUUGUUCAUUUUGUUUCUUGUACAGAUCUUUUUUUUUUUUUCUUGUAGAUUUGUAUAAACCUGAAAAAAUGUUAAUGAAAAAAUAAGUGUAUUUUCUGACUCAGUAAGGCUUCCACUUGGAAUUAUGCAAAUCAGACAAACGCCCAAUUUAAAGGGGCGUAAAACACUAAACCCGCUGAGGGUGGAAAAAUUAUAUAUUUAAAAAGUCUAUAGAAACUUAUAUUUAGGAAAGAGCUCUUGAGAUGAAU